GAGAGGGAGGGAAAGAGAGGAAGGGAUCGAGAGAGAGAGAGUGAGUGAGGGAGGGAGAAAGAGGGAAAGAGAGGGAGGGGGCAGGUUGGCGGCCGGCAGCGUCGCGAUCCCGGAUCCACCUCCUCGGCGCCUCACCAGGAAGUUCUCGUCCUGCCUGCGGGAAAGCUGGAUUAAAAGUUCUGCAAACUUUUGCAGCUCCUUAUCCUCUGCAUUUGUUUUCUACCUAGCGAGGGGGCAGGGAAUGUUUUUCUCCCUGGGAGGAAUCCGCUCCCGGCCGAGCCAGAACUGAACCCAGAGUGUGGACAUGGCCUCAAAACUGUUGCACCGGUUCCGGAAGAAAGUUGACAGACACAACGUCGAAACGGUGGAAGAUCUUCCUGAGAGAUCGGAACUGUACGAUGACAUGGACGGGUUGUCGGCGCGCCUUAGUGGGACCCUGAGUUUUGGAGAGACGGAUGUAGCAGAAAAGGACUGGGCCCAAGCAGAUGGUGUGGACGGCGACCCUGAGUUUGUAUGCAGCGUUGAGAGUGAUGAGCUUGAAAGGACGGGAAAUCCCUUGGGUGAAAAACAAUGCAAUAUGCUUACAAAGCAGCUUCAGGAAAGUUGGAAGAAGCCCAGAGUGAAGUUUAUUGAAGAGAAGCUAACAUUUGAGGUCACGAGUGCCAACGUCAUCCAGGACUCGUCUUCCAAAUACGUGGCUUACACCAUACAAGUAAUAAAGUUUGGAAGUUUGGACGAAGACAAAGCACUGAUUAUUCGGCGUUACACUGAUUUUGCAAAAUUGAAUGAAACACUCCACAAGAACUUCAGGGAGGAUAUGGGCAAGGUGGUCUUUCCAAAGAAAAGAAUCCGGAAAAACUACACACAUGAAACCAUUGCAAAACGCAGUCGGGCUUUCGAACAGUAUCUCCAGCAUAUCCACUCAUUUUCGGACAUUCGCAGGUCCAAAAUAUUUUUGGAAUUUUUUUACCUUCGAGAUUUAACGGUGGGUCAAAGAUUAUUGCAGGGGGGUAUGCGUGAGAAUGCUAUGGAGACAUUAAUCAAUGCUCUUCACUUGCAGCAGAAGUUGUGCUCCUAUGAUGCAAGCCAUUUACUUUUCACCCUCACUUCUAUUUCUGUGUGUUACCAAGAACAAGAUCAACUAGAAGAGGCCCAAGCUUACUGCGAGCGGGCCUUGCAGACUAUAGAAAACCAGGAAUAUCAUCCUUUACUCGUGCCUUUACUUCAAGCCAACAUCAGGCUCUCAUGGAAAGUAGCUAAAGACAAACGGCAAUCUGAAGCAAGACUCCAGCAAGUCCAGGAGACAGGAGUCGAUAUUUUAAACCAACCUAGUCUCAAAGAACACCUUAUUAAAUAUUUUUUGGAAUGAAUUAUAUACAGCUCCAUAAUGCAACAGGAAAAAAGAUAAACAAAAUAAACACUUACAUUUAUAUAGUGCCUUUCAUUACUUCAGGACAUUUCAAAGCACUUUAGAAUCAAUGAAUAGCUUCUGAAGCAUUGUCAUUCUUGUAAAUUACAAUGCAUAGCAAGUCCAUGUAUUAAUGACCAUCUGAAUAACUAGAAUUAAACCAGGACAGAAGGGAACUUUCCGCUUUGCUUACAGUGUAAUGCUAUAGAUAGUUUACAUCCAUCUGGGAGCGCACACAGGACUUUGUCAUUGUUGGAUCAACAAUCAGUUUAUAGUUCUGGCGGGUGAAUGUACCUGCAGUUAUUGAGAUUACAUCAGAGUCGACUAAACCUAUUGGGAAAUAAUUCAGACAGGGGGCACUUCAUCCCUGUCUUCUUAAUGUAGUAACUGAUCCUUUUAUGAUGUUUGGAUAAAUGGCGUUGUGGAUUUUGGUUCAGUAGGGACUACGGGAGAUGUAAAUUUAUUAAAAGGUGCUUGGUUCACGUCACUGAUGUUUCAUUUAAAACUUUCCACUUCUAACCUGCUAAGAGACAAUAAAAGUCAUGACACCAGCUGAGAAUCAAAUUCUCUGGUUAACUGCACUUCAACAACCAUGGUUUACAGUCUUGCUCAAGGGAAUAAACAAAAUCUAUCAGUCUUCAGUUAGAAAAUUGGAAUUAACUCAGAUUAAAUGUUUUGGAGGGGGGUGUUGGGGAAACUAUUCCCAAUUUCCAUCAUGCUUAAUAAGGAAGUAGUUCCUGACAUCGCAUACCAACGUCCUAGCGUGGAUUUUAGGUUAAUGCCCUUUUUUGGAUAUACCUCCAGAAAAUGAUUCUCCCCAGCCAAUCAAAUCAUAAUUUUCUCCUAUGACCACUUUGGGAGUGUGUUCCUUAUUAUGAAGUUGGGUGAAAGAAUAACCCUGUAUCAUUGCUCAUGAAUAGGACUUAAUGAAGAUUAAUGAAUCAUAGAAUAAUACUUUCUCAUUUUGAAUACAUGUUGUUCCUGAUUAGACAAUUCUUCAACCAUUCUGAAUAAACUGCAUUAGAAAUUCUAAUUGCUGCCAAAACACCAAUUUUCUUUGUUUUUGUUGUCACUCGUUAAUGAAGGGACUAUAUUUUCCUGCUCUGGAUAGUGUUAAUACAUACCUUCAAAGACUGUUCAUAAAAAGGACACUACAACAGAUUAUAAAGUUGUGUGGAACAGUCACAAUGUGGUGUGAUUAGUAUAUUUUGGUAUUGGGAUGAUCUGGCCAUCGCUGCCAAGGUAGUUGCCAGACUGAGCUUUUAAUAUUGUGAACCAAGGAUACAUUUUAUUUCCAGCAGAAAACUUGAUGUAACAAUAUCGGGUAAUCGUCGGUCGGUGCGGACUCAAUGUACCGAAGGGCCUGUUUCCAUGCUGUAUCUCUAAACUAAACAAAAUGCCUCUGACACCUGUAUUCCUGUAAUGUUACAUCUUCAAACAAAAAUACGAACCUCAGCAACUUAACUAUUUACUGCUAGAGGUAGAGUCAAGUUCUACCAUUACAUUAUUCAUACAAUGGCAGGUAGGCUUGUAUCAAUUAUUAUUUCUCUCAAUCAACAUCAGAGAUGGUCAAUUUUAUUGAUUAUGUUGCAAUUUUGAAGGAACACCUUCCUUCCUGUUUUUUUACAUUUGCAAAAUGUUUUGGACUUUCUGGGAAUGGAAAUGCAUUACGUAAAUGGAAACUCCUUCUGAAAUAAGACUUACAGUAGGUAAGCCAAUGGGUAACUAACUUUUAAUCUGAACUUUUUAAAUGAGAAUCGUAACUUUAAGAAUGGUGCAACCAUACCUGAUAAGAGAUAACAUAAUCCUGUCGACAAUUAUUUAGGGACAUAUGGACAUAGAUUUUAAUUUUAUAAAGUACAGUGGCAGAUUUAAAUGUUUUAGAAAAUGUCAAUGAAAUAUUUUGCUAUUUACAUUAAAUAUUGAAUAACUUUUUAAUCACUUAUUUGAACUGUAAUGAACAAGUUAUGAAAUAAAAGGAAUUCUUAACACAUCUGAAAAAUAUAGUAAGUGGAA